GAGAGUGAGCACGGGAGCCACGCUCGGCAGAAUGUGCCCUGACAUGGUCAGGUGCGGAGUGGCGGAGCGCUAGCACUGAACCAGCCACACUUUCACAUAUUUAUCUCGGGGGUCGAGGGGGGGAAGAGAGAGAGAGAGAAAUGGACUCGUACACAGGCAGCUACCGCUUCCUCGCCCUUUCUCUCUCCGUUGUCAGUCUAUGGAGCUUGUUGUCAACUGCCCAUUCCCAUGACUGUGAUGAUCACUUGGUGUCUGAUUUGCCUCAGUUGGUGUUCGAUUCCGCCUCCGUGCUGUCAAGCAGUCACAGGCCUGGCUUUGCAAAGCUGAACAGGCGAGAUGGGGCAGGUGGAUGGUCCCCGCUGGAAUCUAAUAAAUACCAAUGGCUGCAGAUAGAUCUUGGUGAGAGGACGGAAAUCACAGGCAUUGCAACUCAAGGUCGAUAUGGUAGUUCCGACUGGGUAAUAAGCUACCUGCUCAUGUUCAGUGAUACUGGAAGGAACUGGAAGCAGUAUCGUCAAGAAGACAGCAUUUGGGCUUUUGUUGGAAACUCCAACGCUGACGGCGUUGUGCGGCACAAAUUGGAGCAUUCUAUUAAAGCCAGACUCCUGCGUUUCGUUCCCCUUGAAUGGAAUCCGCACGGAAGAAUAGGAAUGAGAGUUGAAGUUUACGGAUGUUCAUAUAAAUCUGACGUGGCUGACUUUGAUGGCAGAAGCACCCUGCUUUACAGAUUCAAUCAAAAGAGCAUGAGCACGAUCAAAGACAUUGUCUCUUUGAAGUUCAAGACGAUGCAGGGUGAUGGCGUGAUGCUGCACGGAGAGGGGCUGCGUGGAGACUACAUCACACUGGAGCUGAAGAAAGGCAAGCUCUUGCUGCACAUCAACCUAGGAGAGACCAAGUUACACUCUGUCAAUGGCCAUACAUCGGUCACCCUGGGGAGCUUGUUGGACGACCAGCACUGGCACUCCAUCACCAUCGAACGGUACAACAAGCAGGUGAACUUCACCGUGGAUAAGCACACGCAGCACUUCCGAACCAAGGGAGAGUUCGACUACCUGGACAUCGAUUAUGAGCUCAGUUUUGGAGGGAUUCCAGUUCCAGGAAAAUCAGUGACUUAUCAGAUGAAAAACUUCCAUGGCUGCAUUGAAAACCUUUAUUACAAUGGAGUAAAUAUCAUCGAUCUGGCCAAGAGACGCAAACCGCAGAUACACAUUAUGGGCAACGUUAGCUUCUCAUGCUCAGAGGCACACAUCAUCCCAGUCACAUUCAUGGGUCCAAGAAGCUACUUGCUGCUGCCCAGCCCAGCACAAAUGGAAGGAUUCACUGUUGGUUUCCAGUUCCGCACCUGGAACACAGACGGGCUGCUACUGUACAAUGAAUUGCACGGAGCACUCACAGCACUGCACAUUCACCUCGCUGAUGGAAGGCUGAAAAUAACCAUUCUGAAGAUGUCAAGGACCCAAACUGGCUUUGCCACAGGUUCAGGGCUGAAUGAUGGGCAAUGGCAUUCUGUUCAUUUCAGUUCAAGAAGAAAUCUAGUCAGCAUCACCCUCGACAAUGAGCCUGCCUCCACUGUUCGUUUGGAUGCACAGAUUAAUCCAGGAAACAGUUAUUAUUUUGGUGGCUGCCCUGAAACCAUCAAGCAGACUGGGUGUUCCAAUCCCUUUGGCGCUUUUCAUGGCUGCAUGAGACUCAUCUUCAUUGAUAAUCGACCAGCAGACCUCAUCUUGGUACAACAAGGAUUACAAGGAAACUUCAGUGAUCUGCAAGUAGAUGUGUGUGGAAUUGUAGACAGGUGCUUGCCAAAUUACUGUGAGCAUGGAGGAGAAUGUUCACAGUCUUGGAGUACAUUUCACUGUGACUGCGUGAGAACGGACUAUACUGGAGCCACCUGCCAUAACUCGGUACAUGAGCAGUCAUGUGAAGCUUACAAACAUAAAGGGAACACCUCAGGUUUCUUCUCCAUUGAUCCCGAUGGCAGUGGUAUUGUAGGACCUCUCCUUGUCUACUGUAACAUGACAGAAGAUAAAACAUGGACCGUGAUCCAGCAUAACAACACUGAGCUCACCGCUGUGCAAGGCUCCACUGCCGAAAGACCUCACCUCGCCAACUUUAAUUACACUGCCAGCAUGGAGCAGCUUCAAGCUAUGAUCAAGAGCAUGGACUAUUGCGAGCAGCAAAUGGCCUACCACUGCAAGAAGUCACGUCUUCUAAAUACGCCUGAUGGAAUACCAUUUACAUGGUGGAAUGGGAGAACGAAUGAAAAACAAGUUUACUGGGGUGGUUCAUCAAUCGGAGUCCAAAGAUGUACAUGUGGAUUGGAUGGGAACUGCCUAGAUACAAGUUAUUACUGUAACUGUGAUGCCGACAGUGAUAAAUGGACUAACGAUACAGGAGUUCUUUCACACAAAGACCAUUUACCUGUAACUCAGAUUAUUAUUGGGGACACAAACAGAACAAACUCAAAAGCAGCCUACAAACUUGGACCACUACGUUGUCACGGUGACAGCAAUUAUUGGAAUGCGGCGUCGUUUAACACUGAGAGUUCAUAUCUCCAUUUCCCAACUUUCCAUGGAGAGCUGAGUGCGGACAUUUCAUUUUUCUUCAAAACAACUGCUUCCUCAGGAGUUUUCCUGGAGAAUCUGGGAAUCAAGGAUUUCAUCAGGAUCGAGCUGAACUCUCCAAUGGAAGUGGUUUUCUCAUUCGAUGUGGGUAAUGGACCAUUGGAAGCUACUGUGAAAUCACCCAUCCAUUUGAACGACAAUCAAUGGCAUUACGUUGAAGCAGAACGGAAUGUCAAGGAGGCAUCUCUUCAAGUGGAUCACCUCCCAAGAAGGUCCCAAGGGGCCCCUGCUGAUGGGCACAUCCAGCUACAGCUCAGCAGUCAACUGUUUGUAGGUGGGACAGCAUCAAGACAGAAGGGUUUCCUUGGAUGUAUUCGUUCUUUACGGUUGAAUGGGAUCACCCUGGAUCUUGAAGAAAGAGCUAAAGUCACACCUGGGGUGAAGCCAGGUUGCCUUGGACAUUGUAGCAGUUAUGGUAACCUGUGCCACAAUGGAGGGAGGUGCAUUGAGAAGUACAAUGGCUAUUGGUGCAACUGUAGUCACUCUGCUUAUGAUGGACCAUUCUGUAAAAAAGAGAUUUCUGCUACUUUUGAGUCUGGAACAUCAUUGUUAUACACACUACAGGAGCCUGUCACCGUUGUCAAGAAUCUAAGCGAUCUUUCAUCUGCUGCGUCUUCAGAGCUCACCUAUUUGAGGGAAAAUAUUGCAUUCAGUUUUCGAACUAUGCACACCCCAUGUAUACUGCUUUAUGUCAGUUCUUUCAAUGAGGAAUAUAUGGCUGUAACUCUCUCCAAAAAUGGGAGUUUUCAGAUUAGAUACAAACUGGAUGGUGAUAGAGAUCCUGUUUUUAUCGGCAUCGAUACUAGAAACUGGGCAAAUGGCCAGCUUCACAGCAUCAAAAUUGAUCGGGAAGAGAUGGAUGUCUACAUUCAGAUUGACCAAUUUGCUACCAUGAAGUACAGGCUCCCUUCGGAUACAAACUUGGAGUUUAAUGCUGUUAAAUCUCUCAUUCUUGGCAAGAUUGUGGACCACGAUAAUCUGCAUGAAGAGGUAUUGAGGGAAAACGCUGAAGGCUUCAUUGGCUGCCUCUCCGCCGUCCAGUUUAAUGGGAUUGCUCCGCUGAAAGUUGCCUUGCAUCAUCCAGGCUCUCCUGGGGUCUCCGUAAAAGGAUACUUGGUGGAAUCGAACUGUGGGUCUUCAGCCCGGAGCGAAUCUAAAGCAUUCACCACCUCGUACUCUUUAACAGAUCAUUCAGGGACAAUAGAUGUGGGGGAACCUUUAAAAAAUGCAGUCAGAAGUGACUCAGCUGUCAUUGGAGGUGUGAUCGCGGUGGUGAUCUUCGUCACACUCUGCGUCACGGCCGUUAUGGGGCGCUUGUUGUACAAGCACAAGGGCACGUAUCGCACCAACGAGACCAAGGGGGUGGACUACGCCGAGACCGCAGAUGCCACAUUGAAGAACAGCGCCAACGUGCAGGACUCUGUUAGUGAGAGCAAGAAGGAAUACUUCAUCUGACAGCGACAGGGGCCCCUUCUCAUUUCCACGGCAACAACGGAAUAACAGCAACCGCAGAAUACGACCGAUAGCCAGCACUCGCUGCCGCCUACCUGAUAACUACAAACUCUUCAGAUUAAGUGGCCAAACUUUAGCUGAAAGAACCAGUAUGCUCCAUAUAACCAGUGUACAUUGUGGGAUGAGGCAGAACUUACUUUUUCUUGUUAACGGUGGGUGAGCUCAGGGGAAUUAAAUUUCAGAAUUUAACAAGGAUAUAGGAGCAACUUUUGAAUGUUGAACCCUUCAGCUUUAAUUGGUCCAAAACCAAUAAUCCUAUUUAUUUCCAUAGCAUUAUUUUAUACAUUGACUGCUACAGUUGUGUAGUUUACAAAAAGAAAUCUGCUGGAGCCACAUCAAACUGUUGGAAUAAUAUGACUUUAGGAAUUUUGAUGUGGCUUCAAUAGUCGGAACUUUGAUAGGAAGAACUAUUUUAUUCAGUGAUCUUCUGCAAUUGAUUCAAGUGACAAUGUUCAAUUGUUCCCCCCCCCCCCCCCUGCAAUCAAGUUAGCAUUUCAAUAACAUACUUCCUUCCAAUCUGUGUUUGGCUGUAAUUGGACAGAAAUAUUCCACCAAAAGUUGAAAUUCGUUCAGUGCAGUCGAUAGAAAGGCAGUCAGAUUUUAUUUCAUAAGGUCAUA